UAGAUCUACAUAGCUACAGCGCCACGCGUAGUUUACGGCAGCUUUAUGUUUUAGCGAUUACACAACCGUCAACCUUUGAACAUAUAAAUAUUUGUAACAAGUGAUGACAUUUUUAUUUAUUGACAAUCGCUUUUACUUUAAAUGGUCGGGGAUUACAUACGCAACAGUGACUACGUGUUUAAAAGUUUGGCUGUGUCAUACAUGCGUAGGUUAUUGCAGUUACGUAUGUGCAGUGUUGACAGACUUUGAUACCGUGUUUUAGAUAAGCCGCAACAAUAACUUGGUUUUAUGGCCUGUUGAAGUAUACUUGCAGUGUUAUUAGCCUUUUAAACAGUUCAACAGUCUGACAAUGUUUCCGAUUGAAUUUAUAGUUAAGUUAUUUCCACAGUAACCGUCACAUGACUUUUUCAUUCCUCCAGUUUUUAUGAGGGUCACGAGGUUUGUGCACUUCUGUAACCGUGACCAACAUCUCGCUGCAGUUCACUAGCAUUAACCAGUGUUUCAGAUGUAUGAUACUAGUGUCUAUCUGGGAUUUGUUUUCCAAAGGGAAUGCUUUCGUGGAUACUGCCUUUAUUUUAUUUUCAUGCACCAGGGCUCUUUCUGCAGCUGGCAUCAUAAAUGUGGAUCUAAGUGAGCUGAGGAUGGCUGACUUACGGACGUAUAAUGUUGUUGUUUUGGGAAUUGGAUUUUUGCUCAUUUUUACAGCCUUUACCACUUGUGGUAAUAUAGAACAAACAGUGGUGAAAAGUUUAAAUAACAGUGGCAAUUUCAGUGGCAGUGGGUAUCACAGCCUUGGAAUCAUAUAUGGAGUUUUUUCAUUUUGUAAUUUAUUUGCUCCUACUGUUGUUGCAAUCAUAGGAGCUCAGUUUACCAUGUUCCUAAGUGGGAUUGUUUAUAGUGGUUAUAUAGCUGUAUUCAUCAUUCCAUCCACAUGGUCCUUUUAUUUUACUUCAGUGCUAAUCGGCAUUGGAGCAGCCUUGCUGUGGACCGCUCAAGGACACUUUCUAUUGGAGAAUUCUGAUGUGUCCACCAUCAACAGAAACACAGGAAUGUUUUGGGCUUUACUGCAGUGCAGUAUGUUGUGUGGGAAUCUGUACGUUUAUUUUGAUUGGAGAGGGAAAACGGAGAUUUCAGAUAGAGACAGACAGAUCAUGUUUACAGCUCUGCUGGUUAUCUCAGUAGUCGGGACACUAACUUUCCUCAUCUUGAGGAAGACUCGUGAGAUGGAAGACGCUGUCUCUGAAGAGGAGGGCCAGUCUUUGUUAUCAAGACCCAUGAUAUAUAAACAGAGAGCAAGCACUGCUAUGAGAGAUGCCAGAACAGAGUUUAAGACCAUUUGGGAGAUCUUAAAAACAAAAAACAUAUUGUUAUUAAGUUUCUGCAUGGCAUACACCGGUUUGGAGCUGUCAUUUUACAGUGGCGUGUAUGGAACUUGCAUUGGCGCUACCACAGACUUUGGCGACACAGCAAAAGGCUUGAUUGGUAUUUCGGGCAUCGUGGUGGGAGCUGGAGAAGUUAUUGGGGGAGGACUGUUUGGCCUUGUGCUGAAAAAUAGCCGGUUUAGACGCACAUCAGUGGUCUUUCUAGGAAUGGUUGUGCACUUUGUAGCUUUCUAUCUGAUAUUCCUCAACAUUCCAGAUGAUGCACCUGUGGUCUUCAAUACUAGCUCACAGCAUAAGCCAUAUCUGACGCCAAGUGUUUCCGUUGCCCUGCUGUGCAGUUUUUUGCUCGGUCUUGGAGACAGUUGUUUUAACACUCAGCUGUACAGUAUCCUGGGAUGGGCAUAUGCUGAACAGAGUGCACCGGCAUUUGCCAUAUUCAAAUUCAUACAGUCCAUCUUUGCAGCACUGGCGUUCUUCUACAGUGGUUAUAUGUUGCUCACCUGGCAGCUCCUGGUUAUGGUCAUCUUUGGCUUCGCAGGAACCUUGUGUUUUUUCAUGGUGGAGAGGAUGCAGUUUUUUUUAGCUGAUACACAAGAGUAUUAGACUCUUUCAUUGUGCCAUUGCUCAAAACAUUUCAGCAAGCAUUUGGACUACUUGCACUAUUUGUUUGUUUUUAUUAGAAUACAUCACCACUCUUGACUUAAAGAAGAUGGAUGCAGCUUUUUAAUGUUUUAUUUGCUGUGAUAGAAUAUUAAGAACACUUUUUAAACAAUGUUUACAUUCCUGUAAUGUAACCGUAAUCACAAAGUAUUUAGUUAACUUCAUGCAAACUAUGUGUAUGUUUAGGGGAGAUGCUAGCGCCUACACAAAAAAUAAAUGAGUUAGUCUUCUGAAAGUAUUUCUCUCAGGGUUCUACUGUAUUUUGUGCGAUUAAUAUUUAUGCAUUUGGCAGACGCCUUUAUCCAAACUGACUUGCAGUGCGUUGAACCUAUACAUUUUUUGUAAUUCUGUAUUUAAAAAUGGCAUAAAAUAAGACACAAACCAUUUUAAGACAGCUUCCAAAAAUACUUAUUUUUAUGUAACCAUUUUCAUGUGAAAUGUUCAUUAUAGCCAAAUGUAAAACCAGUAACUCUGUAGUUUUUAAAACCAUACCAGAUAGGUUAGUUCCGUAACCCAAGAGAAACAGAUCGGGUUUAAAUAAGAAUUGUGCAGUUUACACAAUGAUUCAUUUUUGACAGAUGUGUCCUAGAGGCCUUCUUGACUAAAUGCACAGCGUCAUAUACGCAAAACUCAGAACUAUGUUCUGUUUCUGAAACCAUGAAUAGAAAGGAGAAAAGCAAGAUAAUGGUAUUCAGUAAUAAAAUCCUGUAUACGUUUCACAUUGCUUUGUAUAAAAAAAGUGCUGAAAACUUCUCAUAUUUGUAUAUGCUCAGAUACUUUAAUGCUGCUUUUGUGCCAUAUAAAUGUGUAUUGUUUGUCUGCCUUUCCUGAUCCAGCAUCUUAAAGACAGCAUUUUGUGACAUUUCUCUGCAUUACAAGUUAUUUGUCUGCCUUGUUUACAGUUUAGCUUUAUGUGUAACAUUGUUUGUUGAAACAUAUUAAAUAUAACACAUAUAUAUUGCAUUGGUACUCACCUGGUUUGCUAACACCUGUCUAACACAAAUGAAAGUGUUUAUUUGUAACUAUGCAAUAACUAUGUUGUGUUGUAAACAUUGUGCUGUUUUUAACUAUUUGAUGACAAUCAACAUGUGAUAUGAAACAUGCUUUUUGGGGUUUUGUGAUGUUUUGGAAGGAUUAAAAAAAAAUACAAAUAAACAUGUCUGUUAGC